UGCUACCCUCUCAACAUGGCAAUAUCACCGAACGGAGAACAAAUGGCCACAAUUUGCACAGAUAGGAAGAUUCGGAUUUUUAAUUUUUUGAGUGGAAAGUUGGUCAAAGUUAUAGACGAGUCGCUCAAUCAUGUUGUGGAUCUUCAGCAAGAGAAGGCAGUUCUCCCAAAUAUGGAAUUUGGACGUCGGAUGGCUAUCGAAAAGGAAAUUGAAAAGUCUUCAUAUUACAAGAACUGUAAUAUAAGUACUGAUUUAGUAACUAUUCUAGUAUAUGAUGAGAGUGGGCAUUAUUUGCUGUAUUCUUCCAUGUUCGGGAUCAAAGGUAGUUUGAUUGACUGAUGGAUAGUGGUUAAUAACUAUAAUAAUACCGUGGCUCGUGUUUUGGGGAAAAACGAGAAUUGUCGAUUCAUGAAUUUGGCGUUGUUUCAGGGAAUUCCUCGCGGAAAACGGAUAAGUAAUGUGGUUACUCCGGAAAUGAUGGUUCACGGUACUGCUUUUGUCAACGUGAAACCCGACCCCGUUCUUUUUUGCACGGGAUUCAAAAAAAAUAGAAUUUUUCUCUUCACUCGAAAGGAGCCGACGGAAUU